AUGGCAUCCUGGUUGCAGAAUCAGUUCAAAAAGGCUGAAGAGCUCUUUGAGGCAGUGGAUCAAACAGCAAAGAGUGUCACCGUCCUACAGCCAAAAGAUGCAAGAAGAACAGGGAGGGCCCAAGCUGGCCUGAAGAGUACAUUAUCUGGCCAAGGAAGCAGGCUCUGGAAGAAUGAUCAGAGCGACCCUGUUGCACGGCCUGUGAGUCGCAGCAGCUCCUUUCACAAGACAGAGUCGGAUACAAGGGUGGAGAACGACAUUAAGGGAAGUGGAGCUGCCACUGACGAUGAUGAGGCUGCGGGUCUUAACAGAAGCCUGGAACCUGAUAAUGAAGCACAGGGAAGCAAGCCCCCGUCAGAACCGUUGGAGUCCGAGUCCGAGCUGAGAGACAGUGUUGGGACGGGGGCUGAUCUUAAGGAAGUCGCACAGAGUGAGGUGCCCGGAGGAGCAGAGAAGGGAGUUGAGUCAGAAAAGCUGGAAGAAGGAACUUCAGGCUCCGAGGCUGUUGCAGAUGAUGGAGAGGGGUUACAGAAGCUUCAUGGAACCGAGGAUGCUGUCACCAGAGAUCCAGAGGCGUCUGGAGAUGCAAAUGGGAGCAAGCCUGGCGCAGAUAGCUCUUCUGAACCUGACGUGCCGAAGGACAGCCAGAAGGUCGAUUUAACAACAGGGAACGGCACUGAGGAAACACCAGAGGCGCCUCUGAGUGAUGAUCAGAGUCAAAAGAAUCAGCAAGAGACCGAUGAGGUGCAAGGGUUGCUCAAGAAGCAACCUACCUCCGGACAGACCAAGGAGGCAAGGCUUGCAAGGAUUUGCGAGAAAUUUCAGAAACGAGUUGCGGAGUACAAGAAAGAGAAUGAACAGUUGGAGGAGAUGCUGGAGCAGUCGCGAGAACAGCAAGGCGCUUUUGAAGCCGAGGUGCAGCGGUUACAGCAGGAGCUCUCGACCGCGCGAGCAGGCGUGGGCGCCGUCGAGUCGAGUCUAAGCACGGCCUUGACUGCAAAGAAUGCGGAACUGGAAAACCUGACGGUCGCUCUUGAAGGCGCAAAGCGGCAAGCAGCGAUGGCGGAAGGCAAGCUGGCGGCGUUGCAAGCAAACAGUGAGGCACUGACAAGAGGACGGGACAUGACCGAGUCCAAGAUGGUGCAGGCUCUGCGAGAGGAGCUGACAACGGUGGAGAAAAGACUCGACGAAGAGAGGGCGGCCCACACAUCUUCAAGACAGGCGGCCGCUGCUAGGGAGACGGAGCUGGAGAACUCGAUGUCCGAGAGCACGACGGCCCUUGCGCGGAUGCAGAGGACGGUGGACGAGCGGAACCAGAAGGUGGCAGACAUGGAGCAUAAGGUAUCGAUGCUCGAGGUCGAGUGCUCCACGCUGAACCAGGAGCUACAAGAAGCAGAGGCCAGGAUGCGCCGGGAGUACACGCGAGCAAAUUCUGUGGAGUCUGAUGCGCAGACACAGCAGAUAAACGCGUGGAGGGAAGAGGCGGAGAGAGCGAGGCGGGCGCAGCGCGAAGCCGAAAACAAGUUCAGCGACCUAGAGGCAGAGGCUCAGAAGCUGCGCGUUGAGACGGCCGCCCUGAGGCGGGAGCACGACUCCAGCUCGGUGCAAGCUCAAGCGGCCCUUGAGAAGCGCUUCCGGGAACUGACAGAGCUAUUGUACUCCAAGCAGACCCAGCUCGAGACGCUGUCUUCUGAAAAGGCGGCUGCGGUUCUUCAACUUGAAAAGGAGAUGCGGCGAUUCCAGGAGUUCAAGGAUCAAACGGAACGGGAGCGGAAAGUACGGAGCCGGCAGAACAUGAUGGCUGAGGAGGAUGUCGGCGACAUGCGGUCGCUGGAACACUCCCUGGCGGAUUAUGACAUCAAGCUGGGCAAGGUAAACGCCAACAGCAUUCGCACCGCCGCCAAGUUCCUCGACUUCGGGACCAUCUCCGCCGGGCGGUUCCUCUGGCGGCGGCCGCUGGCUCGGCUAGGCUUCCUCUUCUAUCUGGUUUGCUUGCACGGAUUCAUCAUGUAUCUGCUCCACAGACUACAGAUUCAAGCCGAGAGAUCGUUGGCGUAUGGUGCGCAAGACUAUGCAGCAGCGGCGGGUCUCGUGAAACCGUCGCUGAGCAACGGGGAGACUCUUCCUGGGUAGUAAUCCUGCUCUUUGUAGGAAGAGCUUCAGUGUCCUUAUGUGGCAUCACGUUUGCUAAAAAGAGUUCCGCUAUCAAGAGGGCACUGCAGUCGCAGUCAUUUGUACAUUAGCUUGUGAUAACUUUUUGAACUCAAUAGAACGUCUGGAUAACCAGUCAUCGAGGUCCUUGAUCUGGCCACGAGUGCAGAAGGG